AUGUUUAAUCUACGCAGAAAGAAACAGAAGGAGGAGGAACUAAAGAAAAGUGAAGCCACGGCUCCCACUCCCGAACCCUCAACUCAAACUACAGAUGUACUGGAAACAACCACAGUCACAGAACCAGACCCGAACUCAGAACUUUGUAAGGAGGCCUCGGCCUCUGAUACAGAGCCUCAGAUUCAAAGCACCAACGAACCACCUGCUAAGAAGAGAAAAAAGAAGAAGAAACAAGUGAAUGAUGAGAAUAAAGAAAAGACUGCUAGCUGCCCUUCUACUUCUGAAUCUCUUCAUCAGCCGGAUACCCCCACCUCAACCCCCAUGGAUGCUACGGAGGAGAACCCCACUAAAGAGAUGGAGCCCACUAAUACUGAUGUGAAAGAACAAUCCAAGUGUCUCAAAGUUCUCAUACGUGGCCUUCCAAAGGACUUUAACCCAGCAGAAAUUUCCCUAGAAUUAGGAAAAUUGAACUUGGAAAUUUACAAGAUAGUACAGUUCCAGAAGAUGGUGGGCGGGGCCUAUAGGCCCCUCCCACUAUUUCUAGUUAUCCUACCUAAGCUAGCCAACCACGAAAAGGUUUACUACACGGAGAAAAUCAAGCAGUUCCCGGUUAGCGUAGAGCUUUUCCACGGCGGCCGGCGGCCGCAACAGUGCUUCCGAUGCCAAGGAUUCGGUCACUCUCAGCGUAUGUGCACAGAAAAACCACGAUGUAUGAAAUGUGCUGAAGGGCAUUUUUCGUAUCAGUAUACAAAAAGCAGAGACACACCACCUACUUGCUGCAAUUGCCGAAAGGAUCACACAUCAAACUUCUCUGGGUGCGAGGCCCGCCCCAGUAGAAAGAAAACCCACACCAAAGCUCACACUCAUGCAGCAUCAGCACACCGCCUUGUUUCACUCAUGAAAGAAUUACAAGAGCUCAUGAAAGACCAAGAGGUGCUUAGCCUACUACAAACUCUACUAAAGGGGAUUUCCCCUUCUCAGUGA